CGUCAGAAGAAAAUGGGAUUGUUCGAUCGUUUAGCGAAUCUUCUUGGUCUUAGGAAAAAAGAAGUAAACGUUUUAGUAGUGGGCCUUAAUAACAGUGGUAAGUCGACGGUCAUAAAUAAUUUCAAACGCGAGGACGACCGUUGCAUAGACAUAGUGCCCACUGUCGGGUUUAAUGUCGAGAAGUUCGCAUUCAAGAAUGUCAAUUUCACUGCAUUCGACAUGUCGGGUCACGAUCGUCAUAGAUCCUUGUGGGAACAUUAUUACAAAGACUGCCACGGGAUUAUUUUUAUAAUUGACAGUAGCGAUAAACUCCGAUUAGUUGUCGUGAAGGAAGAAUUGGACAUGCUCUUGCAACAUCCCGAUGUGGCAGGUCGCAAGAUACCCAUCCUUUUUUUGGCGAAUAAGAUGGAUUUACCCGAUUCGUUGACCACGGUCAAACUGGUCGCUGGAUUGGGACUCGAGCGAAUACAAAAUAAACCUUGGCAUAUACGAGCAACAAACGCGAUAACCGGCGAAGGUUUGCAGCCGGCAAUUGAAUGGCUGACAGAUCAAAUUCGCGAUAUAUACAUUAACAAAAGAUAAAACACAUCGACAUUGUCUGCGACUGGUUUAAUAUAUAUUUUCUUUUAUGAAAUAUGUCGGAUAAUCGACAUUAGUGCCUGUAACAUCAUUUAUAUGUCACACUCGGCGUCACGAUAAUCUCUUUUGCUUUUCAAACUUUGACUAUAUUUGAUUUGGCGCUAAAAAUAUUUUGAAGAGUAUUCGUGGCAUCAGUUGAACGCAAGAUGGAUCAACCAUAAUUAUAAAAUACGUAGACAGAACCUAUUUUAUGACAUAAACAUAAUGUCAUAUGAUUAACUGGCAAAUAACAAAAUAUUCAAAACUGUAAAAAUUUUUUAUUCGAUAGUCAAUUGAUUGACAUUGUGUUUAUAUAUACUUGUGUUUUCUUGCUGAAAAGCUCUUCAUCAUCUAUAAAUCUAUAUAUUUUGUAUAUAUACGUAAAUUGGGCAGUUCGGUGUUAAUUGGAAAAUUAUCUUAGAACAUAUUUAAUAUUAUUUAUCAUUUUGUAAUUAUUAUUUAUUUUAAGAAAAUUACCCAUCAAUUAAUACAAAAUAUUGAUGAGAUUAUUCGAAAGUAAUAUCCGUCUAUAUAUUUUAUAUGUCAUGGAAUCAAUAGUCAUAAUGCAUGAAUGUCUAGACAUGACACGUCGACUCUAGUUACUUUCAAGCCAAAUACGUGGCGCUAGUGAUGCCAAGUGAAAUUCGUCAAUUUCCCGGAUGGCGUUCACUGAUACAGUUCCAGUGCAAUAGCGCGAAUAAACUGGUAUAAAAUUUUUAUUACGAAAAGAUAAUGUAUCGUCCGCGUUGAAAAAUGUUGAUAUAAUUAAGGUGAAAGGUAUAUAGCGUUAAAAAUUUCAUGUUCGGUUUCCGAUUCUUGUUCGGAUCGCAAUCCUUCGGCGACGUUUAAUUGGGAAGCAUCGCUGCAAGAGCUCAAUUCAAAUCCGUCCAACAGUAUAUUUAGGCUU